AUGAUAAUAAAAUUAAGUAAAUAUAAAAAAGAUAUUAAAAUCAAAAUAUUUACAUAAAAUGCACUAACACUAAUAGGGCUACUGAUACUUCUGCAUGUCCUGAUCCAGUAUGUACAGAUAAUACUGAUGCUACUACAGAUGAUGCAUGUAAAUCAUUUUACGCUAAAUGUUUAACAAACGGAACUGGAUGUAUAACAGCUAGUGCACCCUGUACUUUUUUUUCUUAUGCAAAUACAAAAUUUUGUGUAAAGUUUACAGGUCGUGAUUAGACUGCUCCUUGUAGGUGGAAAAGUGGAGCUAAUUUUGUAGAUAAAACUUGUAGUGAUGUGGAUAGUUUUAAUACAAUUGAUGAUUUAUGUAGUAAAUUUUAGAAGGAUGCGUGACAACUGAA